GAGGUGGCCAGGGUGAUGACUCAGCAUCUGGGGCGGAGCGGGGUGGGACACUCUUUUAUAAAACCCCGCGGCCCGAGGCCUCCAUCUGCGCUACGCCCUUCUCCGAGGUCUACGUUGCAGUGUGCAGAGUCGGAGCCGCCGUCUACGCCGCAGCAAGCAGUGAGUCCGCGCCGCAGGGCCUCCGAGGGCUCCCCGGGCGCGGUGCCCGGGCUCCUUGGGGACCCGGAGCUGCCACGAGGGGCAGGCCGCCUGCAGCGUUGGGACGGCGAUUGGGAACCCUGGGCGGAGUUGGGGGCCUCCGGGCGCCCAGAGCGCGCACACCCGGGCCUGGACCCCAGCGCGGGCGAGUUCGCUGCACCCUGGUCCUGCUCUCCAGACUCUAACGACCUUCACCUUUCCCCUCUAGUGGCGCCCUACACCAUUGUGUACUUCCCAGUUCGAGGACGCUGUGAGGCCAUACGCAUGCUGCUGGCUGACCAGGGCCAGACCUGGAAGGAGGAGGUGGUGACCAUGGAGUCCUGGAUGCAGGGCAAGCUCAAAGCUUCCUGUCUGUAUGGGCAACUCCCCAAGUUCCUGGAUGGAGACCUCACCCUGUACCAGUCCAACGCCAUCCUGCGCCACCUGGGCCGCUCCCUGGGACUUUAUGGGAAGGACCAGAGGGAAGCAGCCCUGGUGGAUAUGGUGAAUGACGGCGUGGAGGACCUCCGCUGCAAAUAUGCUACCCUCAUCUACACUAAAUACGAGGAGGGCAAGAGUGACUAUGUGAAGGCCCUGCCUGGGCAUCUGAAGCCUUUUGAGACUCUGCUGUCCCAGAGCCAGGGGGGCAAGGCUUUCAUCAUGGGUGACCAGAUCUCCUUCGCAGACUACAACCUGCUCGACUUGCUGCUAAUCCACCAAGUCCUGGCCCCCAGCUGCCUGGAUGACUUUCCCCUGCUCUCGGCCUACGUGGCACGCCUCACUGCCCGGCCCAAGCUCAAGGCCUUCCUGGCCUCCUCAGACCAUGUGAACCGGCCCAUUAACGGGAACGGCAAGCAGUGAAGUCUCAUGGGGCUCCUGGAAGAGCCAGGACUUCUCACCUUUCUUUUCUCAGCACCAAUAAAUUUUCUAAGACCAAA